GUCAGCUUGUUGUCGGCCAUUUUAUUUUUGUAUCGCCAUUUCGUUUCUUUUGUGAGAUGGAGGAUUGUGUGAUUUUAAAGUGAGACAGCAAGCAAAUCUUAAUUAUUUGGAAGUUUAGAUGAAUUAUCUAAGAAAAUAAUCAAAUUGGAGAGAAGUACGGGGAAUAAAAGGUAUGAGUGAUGAUUAGUAAUGUAAGUAAAUAGUUAGUACGGCGAAAUGUUCACGACGAAUGCCGUGCAAACCGGCUCCGUCCCGACGCUGCAGUACCAAGACCAGAAGACGCAAGGCAAGAACAUAGAGAAUACUCAGCAGAAGACCGCACAACAAACGCAACAGUCUCAGCAGCAGGAAUUUCCCACAUUCUGUUACACCACAUCCAACGUGAACAUGAUUGGUAAGAUUGGAUCGGGAGCGACCAGUGCUUCCGGUGGGGUCUCCGGAGCCGUGAACAUCGCCCAGCUCACCACCAGUGAUGACAAAACAUGCUACAUCGCACAACCAUUCUCCUACAACUAUGCUCUGGUCAACCAGAUGCAGAUUGCUCCAAAUGGAAUACAGAAUACCAUAUCUAAUAUAAGUUUCAAAUGUGAUGUGUGCGGGCUUAUGUUUGGCCACCUUACACUACUUAAUGCACACAAAAGGAUACAUGCCCAGGAUUCAGAAGGUAAUAUCACAGUUGUAGCCACAGGUGUCGGUGGCGGCAAUGAGGUUGCCAUGCCCCCUCACAUACAAAUUCUAUCUUCUGACACAUCUGAACAGCAACAGCACCAUGUUCAGUUGCAAGAUACCAAACCCAUACUGGUUGAUAAAGUUCAAAAAUGCAUCACAUGUGGAGGCCCCAUCACCAGUAACCCUAAGAGGAAGGGACCCAAGCUCAUCCGUUGUGAAAACUGCAUUGCACAAGAUUCUGUUGAACAACAGAGAAACAAUCAAAUGAACGCCACGCAAAUAUUCGUGACGUCAGAAGACAACGUCAAGUUUGAAGUGGGCGGCGUGAGCGGGGUGCAGCCCACCUCCGACCCCCUUGCCACGGCGCAGCCGCAGCAGCAGUCUCAGCAGCAAAAGCCUUUGCCCGGCCAUCAUCCUGUGAAAAAGAGAAACCUUGCUUCCGUGACCAAGUGCCAGAAUUGCAACGGCUCGGGCAUCAUAUUCGUAGGCGGCAACAAGAACAAGCUUAAUCAGUCCAACACCGACAAGCCCUUCCACUGCAAUAUCUGCGGUGGCUCCUUCUCUAGAUACUCCUCGCUGUGGUCUCACAAGAAGCUGCACUCCGGGGAGAAGAACUUUAAAUGUGGAAUAUGUGGCAUUGCUUUUGCGAAGGCCGUCUAUCUCAAGAAUCACUCCCGAAUUCAUACGGGAGAAAAACCCUAUAGGUGUAACACGUGUGGUAUGCAGUUCUCACAGUCGCCACAUCUGAAGAACCACGAGAGGACGCAUUCUGGAGAAAAACCAUAUGUUUGCGAGGUGUGUGACAAGGGCUUCGCGAGGCACGCUACGCUAUGGAACCAUCGGCGAAUCCACACUGGGGAGAAGCCGUACAAGUGCGAUACUUGCGGCUCCGCGUUCAGUCAAGCCGCUCACCUGAAGAAUCACGCUAAAGUGCACUCGGGCGAGAAACCGUUUAAGUGCGAUAUUUGCACCGCCGCGUUUGCCGACCGAUUCGCGUUGAAGAGACAUAGAGGAAUCCAUGAUAAGUAUGGUCAAACAACGCCGCUUCCAUCAAGACUACAACAAAACCAGGCGGAGCUCGAGCAAGCGACGCAGCAAGCCGACCAGCAGAACUCGCAACCAGCCGUGGAAGUGGAGUUACACGGCGACCAGACGCUCUGAGUCUGAUAAUCUUUUUAAGUUUUUCAUACCCCACCCUACAUAGUAUUUUUCGGAAAUAUAACAAGAACAUUGUAUAUCUCAAUCAUGAAUGGUACAAUGUUAGCGAGUACAAGGUUUUACGAAUCACAUGUUAUCCUAUACGAACAGUAAGUAUUAAUUACCUCUCGUUAGCAAUAAAACAAGUGACUUGGACGCGCGGGUGGCAGGGGUGCGCUAAACACUGCCAGUUUAUGUUUCAUUCCUUGGUAGAUAUCUACCUUAAUAUGAAAUGUCUUGUUCUCGAACGCGCCUCUUAGCCCAACUUGACUAUUAUUCAAUACAAUAAUAUUAUUUUUUUAUUAACAAGUGAUUAAUGAUUAUAUAUAUUAGCAAUAAAAUAGAGAAAUGCCGUUUUAAAUAAUUUUAAUUAAAUUUUUUGAUGUGUUGAUUUGGGACAUUCGCUAGCCGUUUAAUGUACAUAUUACAGUUAAUUCUAUUUGUAGUUUUUUUUUAAUUAUAUUACUCCAUGUAUGUAAAUAAAUGUAAUUGUAUAUAAAAAAGCGGCUCUAAUUUUCAAAUUUUAAAUAAAGUGGUCAGAGCCAAAAUAAAUUGUAGAACAGUUUAUCUGGUAAAGUGUAAAGUUUAUUAUUAUUAUCGAGUGGCAAUUAGGAUAGGACGAAGGUCAAUCCUUACUCAUUUUGACGUAAGGAUAUAGUAAAUCAGUCAACUCCAAUCAUAUUCUGGUUGGGGCCUGAUUCUCCGCCAUUCUGUAUUGUACACCUAUACUCCGUUUAUUUUACAUUAGAUUUUUUCUAUCUUCAAAAGUAGUGGUAAUUUUAUUUUCUGAAUUCUAGGUUUCCUAUGGUAUCUAAUAUUGCUGUACAAUAAUAUGUAAACAACACUAUAAGUCAGUGCGUAGUUACUCAGAUUUAAUUAUGGAGAAAACAAGUUACCACUACUAUUUACGUUAUAAAAUUUCUAAUCUGAAAAAAAAAACGGAGCAUAGGUAGAUAACAAGUCAAUCUGGAUACUAGUCGUUCAGAAACACUGGUAUCAAAAUUUCCUUGUUUGCUGAGAAAAACUAGCCACGGAAUGUCAAGAGCAAUAUUGUGUUUAUGUACGACAUAAACACAGGCACGCUGCCUAAUGGACGUGUCUCCAAUAUGACGAGGCAAUGUUAUCAAACCAAACGUGAAUUUUCAAUUAUUGAAUUCAUAUGACAUAGUAUUUUUUAAUUAUUCUCUCGUAAACACUGCACAUGUUCAUUUGACAAAUUGUGAUUGGCUGUGGAUUUAGCAAGAUAUUCUUGUGCCGUGGUUGCGUUUUCCAAAUCUGACUUGCACAAUUUUAAAGUGAUAGUGCUUGGGCAUUCCUUUCCUACUUAAACCAAAAUUAUGCAGAUUUGGUAAACAUAAUCACGUUUAAAUAAUUAAAAUGUCGAAAAUUGUUGUAACGUUUCUCUUACCCUUGUAAAUAGUUAUAACUGUGACAUGACCCGAAAUGUGUUAAGCACUCAUUAGACCAAACUGGAAUUAGAUUAAAUGCAGGAGAUCUGUGGGCUAAUCUAAAUAUACUUACAUGUUAGUGCUGUGAGAUACUUAAUCGCAAUAUAAAUUAUUGUAAUUUAAUUUGACAGGCACAUAUUCGACUACGUGUCUCAAGAUUAGUCUAUUGGAAUUUGACGUUUAAUCUGAGAUUUGAUCAAAUUCCAGUUUGGUACAAUUUGGUCUAGUCUAGUGAUAGAAUAUGCGUUAUUAUUCCGAUACAACGCUAGAAAGAAAUACUUAGAGAACUUUUUAGAAUAUCGCCGCAACCGACGCCUUUAAUUUAUUCGGGCAUUUAUUUGUGUGAUGAACACUAAUAUUUGUUCCUGAGUCAUGGGUGUUUUCUAUGUAUAUAAGUAUGUAUUUAUCUAUAUAAGUAUGUAUAUCGUCGCCUUGUACCCAUAGUACAAGCUUUGCUUAGUUUGGGGCUAGGUUGAUCUGUGUAAAGAUGUCCCCAAUAUUUAUUUAUUUUUAUUUAUUAUUCUUGUUCAUAACAUCCAAUUUUUAUAGUAGUUUCUAACCCGAGAAAUUAAGACAAUUUUUCCGAGAAGGUGGAUUAUAGUAAACAAGUAAACUCCCACUUUGUCGCUUGCCAUAAGGACUCUUUGAUUUGACAUGUUAUUCGUAUAAAGAUACACGCAAAUCUCGCCCUUAUAUAGUUCGUUUUUUUUAGCAUUAGAAAGAACUCCACAGAAGCAAGCGUGGAGUUUUUAUCAGGCUCGUUAUUUGUUAAUAAUUACUGAAUUAUCUAAUUUAGCAUGGUCAAUACAUAUAAUUUACUUCAAAUUAUUACUGCUAGAAGUGCCGGAUUUGGAACCACAAGCUUACUUCUGCGAAGUUCUUUCUAAUGCUAAAAAAAACGGACUAUAGUAAGCGACAAAGUUGUACAUUUGACUAGACUACGACACUAUUAAAAUACGAAAAAAUAUCAUUGGUGGUAAAACAAAAGGCGAAACACCGCAAAUGCAACGCGGUGAGCGCGACGCGGCUCGGAUGUAGGCACAGACUUGUCAUUGCCAUGCUACGAUGUAGGUAUGUGCGAAUGUUUUGUACACAUUUGAAUAUUUCAGGUGCUACUCCUACUGACGGCGACAACACCGUGAUUGCAACUCUGAUUUCAUUUACUUACUCGCAAUACACCAAUAGCAUUUUAACUAUCAUUAACGUUGUACCGGAAAACUAACGAACGAUUCAACACUAGUAUUCUAGCAUAUAUCCUGAAAUUUGUAAUCAAAGGUUUUGUUUAUUAUUGAUGGGAUGCACUUGCAGAUUAUAGUCAUUACUCAUUAUCAAUAUCAUGCUCCGCCGAGAUGUGUUAUAUUCUUUGCAAUAAAAUUUUUAGAUAAUGCAUUAUUAUGAAGUAAGUGCAGCUCAUCUGAAAGCAUUGCACUAUUACAUCAAAGUGAUGUUAUUAUUUUAAUAUGUAAGUUAGAGUAACCAUUUUUAAGAUAUUAAUUAUAGAUAAAAUUGUCUAGAGCACAA